AAUCCAAAUGUAGCUUUCACCCUCUCUCUCUCUAUCCAUUCUGUCAGUUCUCAGACUCUGUAUCUUUGAGGUCUCGCCAAUGGCUACAGUUCUCAACUCUCUUCUUCCACCUCCGACUCGCCGGUCUUCUUCUUCUUCUUCUUCCUCCUCAACUCAGCCCGCCGGUUCAACUCGCCCUACGAUGUCGUUUCAUUACCCAGAUUUCCCCGCUCCAUUUGCCACCACCAACUACUCCGCGAGUUCCCGCGCCAUUUCUUGCCAAUUACAAACUACUAAAGGUUUUGCAGUUCUGAGGAGGGAUGCAAUGGCCUUGAUCUUUUCAAGCUAUAUCUUCUCACGGGUUGGUCUUCAUGAUGUUGCGUUGGCUCAACCUUCAGUUGGGUUCAGGGAAUAUAUAGAUACUUUUGAUGGUUAUUCUUUCAAGUACCCUCAGAACUGGAUUCAAGUUCGAGGCUCGGGUGCUGACAUAUUCUUCAGGGACCCUUUUGUUCUUGAUGAGAAUCUCUCUGUCGAGUUAUCUUCUCCUUCGUCAUCCAGGUACAAGAGUGUAGAAGAUUUGGGUCAACCUCAAGAAGCUGGAAAGAAAGUACUUCAGCAAUAUUUGACUGAAUUCAUGUCUACCAGACUCGGUGUCAGGCGGGAAUCAAACAUUGUUUCUACAUCUUCAAGAGUUGCUGAUGAUGGGCGGACGUAUUAUCAAGUUGAGGUAAACAUAAAGUCCUAUGCAAACAACAAUGAAUUAGCUGUUAUGCCAACGGACCGAGUAACUCGUUUGGAGUGGGAUCGGCGGUAUCUUUCAGUUCUUGGGGUUGAAAACAAUCGCUUGUACGAAUUGAGAUUACAAACACCUGAAAGUGUAUUUCUAGAAGAGGAAAAUGAGCUUCGACAGGUCAUGGAUUCCUUCAGAGUAAACAAAGCAUCUGGCUGACCAGUUUAUCUAUGAUGACGGUUUUCUUUUCUCCCUUUUCCUAGAUAUGUACCAGUUUUCUGUUCUUUGUAUGAAAUUUGCAAUUGCGGUUCCAGCAACUGUGAUAAUUCAAUCGAUCUUUCUCAUC